GCGGACUGAAGAAGGACUUCCGGUUUGGUGCAAUUACAUUGGCGCCGUCUGUGGGAAUCGAACUGAAAGCUUUCUAGUUGCUCUUCCAUCAUGGUCUACACUCGAUCAGUCAGAGCUGGUAAUUCAUCUCUGCCUCAUGGGCAGGGUCAACCCCCCAACAACCUUCCACCUCAGCUUCCACCUCAGCUUCCACCUCAGCUUCCACCUCAAGUCCCAGUUAUGUUCCCUCCUGUUGAUCAUGCAGAAGGAGGAGAUGAAAAUCAACCUCAUGCCUCAGCUCAUAACUCAGCUUCCACUGCCAAUCAAGAUGUAGUGACAGCUCAGCUUGCUGCCAUGCAGCAGCAGUUUGCUCCACAACAGAAUCCUCAACCAGUUCAACCGGCUCCUGCUAUUAGCGAGUCUCAGGCUCAAUCCCACAUUGCACCCGCUCAACAACCUAUCCCUGAUGAUGUUACUCGCCGCCUUGAUAGCCUGGAAAAACUAGUAGCUGAACACCGAGGUGCUCCACCCCCACACCAUGCUGCUGAUUCUAUACCUCAUCCACUGAAUACCAACAUUACUCUGGAACCCUAUCCUGCUGGCUUCAAGAUACCACAACUGGAGACUUAUGACGGGACGAAGGAUCCCGAUGACCAUCUGCAUGCUUUCUACUCCUGCAUGCAAGCUCAGAACGCCUCUGACGCAUUGAUGUGCAAGAUCUUCCCCUCUACUUUCCGAGGUAAUGCCCGAACUUGGUAUUACAGUUUACCUCCGAGGUCAAUUAGCUCGUAUACAGAAAUGGCAUCUGCCUUUGCCACUAAGUUUUCCAGCAGAAGGUUUAAUGAUGCAGUUUUGGAGGUUAGUUCUUUCGAUCAAGCCGUGGGAAUAGCAGCUGUGAUCGCUGGUCUCAAGCAUGACAGAUUCAGAGACAGUUUGAUUAAACAUGCUGCCACCACCUUUAGCGAGGUGAAUGAUCGGUCUCUCAAGUUUAUAACCGCUGAGGAGUAUACUCUGGCGCAAAACCCACCCCCCUCUAAGAAUCAGAACCCAGAAUGGAGAGAUGACAAUCCGAGUCGGAAAAGGAUGAGGAUGGCACAGAACCGAGGUCCGAUGUUGACCUCCCCACCGAGAUUCGGAAAGACGAACUCAACACCCCCGCAACAAUCCGCAGGUAAACCUCCAGUUAAUUGGACUCCCUUUAAUCUGCCGAGGUCACAAAUUUUUAUGCAGAUUAAGAACAAAAUGGACUUGAGACGUCCUGGCCCAAUGCGAAUUGCUACUGCUAGUCGAGACCACACUAAAUAUUGUGAUUUUCAUCAAGAUCACGGCCAUACUGCAGAGCAAUGCAACAGCUUAAAGUUCGAACUGGAAAGUUUAGCUCAAAAAGGAAUGCUGAAUGAGUAUGUGCAGAGAGCUGAACAGCCGCGGUUUGUCAGAGAGCAGAGGCCACAGCCUCAAGGAGUCCGCAAUCCCCCGAAUAGACAAGGUGUGGGAUAUCAACAAGCCCCACCUUCGCUCCCACCACCGGCUAGAAUCAUACAUAUGAUUACAGGAGGCCUUGAAGCAGGAGGACUGAGCUCUAAACAGCGAAAGCUGUAUGUCAGAGAGGUUAAGCAUCAGAACCGAGCUCAGAAGCGGAAGAUCGACGAUGCUGAAUGGAAAAAUCAACCCAUUACUUUCACAUCCGCUGACCUCGACACAGUAGUUACACCCCACAAUGAUCCUCUGGUCACUUCUGUCAUGAUCAAUAACUGCGAAGUACAACGUGUCCUUGUUGACACCGGGAGUGCACCAGACAUCAUGUAUUUUCACUGUUUCGAGAGUCUGGGAUUGGAUCCAGCAUUGUUGCAGAAGUAUGAUGGCCCUAUCUAUGGUUUUAACAACCAACCUGUUCCGGUAGAAGGAGUUCUUACCCUCCAUGUGGCUUUUGGAAGUGGUCGGACCUAUGUAGCCCCUCCAGUCCGGUUCCUCGUCGUCAAGAUGGCUUCUUCUUUUAACAUUGUUAUUGGCCGACCCAUAUUGACCGAAAUCCGAGCUGUGGUUUCCCAAUCUCACCUCUGCAUGAAGUUCCCCACUCCUAUGGGAAUAGCAACACUGCGAGGAAAUCAGGAGGUGGCCAGACACUGUUAUAUCACCUCGGUAACACAACCAACGAAGGGCAAAGAUAAGACACCAGAGGUCAUUCCCCAGCAAAUUCCUGAUAAUCAGCAGGUAAUGGGUGUAGAGAUCGUUGAUAAUCGACCGGAUGAUGAAACCAGAGCUGCUCCGGUUGAAGACGUUGAAGAAGUGCUCGUUGAUGACAGAGAUCCGAGCCGAAAAACGCAGAUCGGAACUAGAUUAAACCCGGAAGAGAGAGCAGAACUGAUCGCUUUUCUCCGAGCUAACAAUGAUGUAUUUGCAUGGACUUCGGCGGAUAUGCCAGGAAUUCCAACUUCAGUAUGUCAACACAAGCUCAGUACCAACCCGUUGAAGAAACCAGUGGCCCAGAAACGGCGUCUCUUCGGGGGGGAGAGGCUUCAGGCUGUCAAAGAAGAGGUGGAGAAGCUCCUACAGGCUAGUUUUGUGAGGAAAGUUGAUUACUGCGAAUGGGUGGCUAACCCAGUCAUGGUGAAGAAGGCAAACGGCAAAUGGAGAAUGUGUAUCGAUUAUACAAAUCUUAACAACGCCUGCCCCAAGGAUUGCUAUCCGAUGCCGAGCAUUGACAAAUUAGCUGUAGAUGGAGAGAUUCUUUAUCUGUACCUGGGGAUUUCAGAUGAGGCCAUUAGUUCAGUCCUGGUGAGGGAGGCAGCCAAGCAGCAGAAACCAAUCUAUUAUAUCAGCAGUGUAUUACAUGGAGCAGAGCUGAGGUACCCUAUAGCUGAGAAAGCAGCCUUAGCAGUUGUUACUUCGGCCAGGAAGUUGAGGCCAUAUUUCCAGUCACACCCAAUCAUCGUUCUUACAGAUCAACCUCUCCGACAGAUUCUGCAGAAACCAGAGUGCUCUGGAAGAUUAAUUAAGUGGGCAGUAGAACUGGGGGAGUUUGAGAUCACGUUUCAGCAGAGAUCGACCAUCCGAGCUCAAGCACUCGCAGAUUUCAUUGUCGAAUGCACUCCGUGUCCCUCCACCUCCACUCCAGAACCCACCGAAUGGACCUUAUAUGUUGACGGAGCCUCUAGUAGCAAGGGUUCAGGGGCUGGCGCUCUCUUGAUUGGUCCAGAGGGAUACCGCAGUGAACAUGCCCUGAAAUUCAACUUUGAUGCGACAAAUAACAUGGCUGAGUAUGAAGCUCUGCUACUGGGUCUACAACUAGCAUUAGAGUUGAAAAUCAGUGCAAUUCAAGUCUACAGUGACUCCCAGCUGGUGGUGAACCAAAUCAACUCUAUUUGCGAAGUCGUUGAUCCUGUGAUGGUAAAGUACGUAGCCUUGGUAGCCGAGCUGAAGUGCAAAUUCCAGAAAUUCUGUCUGAGUAAAAUCCCCCGAGCUGAGAAUGAACAGGCAGAUUCACUUUCCAAGUUUGCCUCUGAUAGCUCUUUAAGCUCCAGAUCUGUUUUUGUAGAGGUCCUAGAUGGACCAAGCUUCAUGAAGCCUCGUGUGAUGGAGAUUAGCACAGACCCUGACACGCCGAGCUGGACUGAUUCGAUUGUCUCCUUUUUACGAGAUGGGAUCGUACCUGAGAACAGACAGGAGGCAAUGAAAUUGAGGAAGAAAGCAUCUCGAUAUACACUCGUUGAUGGGGUCCUGUAUAAGAGAUCUUUCUCACUCCCUCUUCUACGGUGUUUAAGUCCUUAUGAAUCUGAAUAUGCACUUCGGGAGGUGCACGAAGGUGUCUGUGGAAGCCAUGUUGGUGCCAGGACUCUGGCUCACAAAGUCUUACGGCAAGGAUAUUACUGGCCAAACAUGUACAAAGAUGCCACUUGCUUUGUUCAGAAAUGCCCCAAAUGUCAGUUCUUCGCACAUCUGACUCAUCAACCAGCAGAAGAGCUCACGAACAUGGUAGCCCCGUGGCCAUUUGCUCAGUGGGGACUGGAUCUUUUAGGCCCAUUCGUGAAAGGGGUUGGUGGUGUAACUCAUCUGGUUGUUGGUGUGGAUUAUUUCACGAAGUGGGUUGAAGCUCGACCUUUAUCCAGUCUUACCUCUAAGAAAGUUGAAGACUUUGUUUUCAGCCCCUAUGCCGUGGCCGAGGUGCCACAUCCUGGUGCUUAUAUUCUCCAAGACGCUGAAGGAAAGAGAGUUCCUAGAGUCUGGAAUGUCAAUAACUUGAAGAAAUUUUAUCCCUAAUAAAAUUCUUCCAAGUGUUUUAAGUCUUACUGUUCUUUACGUUUCUCACCUCGUGUUUAUUGAGAAUCAUUUUACCUUUUAUUCUAUGUAUCUGAGGUCAAUCAGUUCAUUUACUUCUAUUAAUAAAUGUCACUUCACAUU